AGAGAGCCGCUAGAGUGGAGACGUACACAGCGGAGUUCAGACCAUCUCUGCCCGCAGCUAGCUAACCCCGCAGCAAGGCCACUGCGGGAAGAUGGCGACGGAUAAACAGAAACAUGAAGGAAGAGUUAAAAUUGGACAUUACAUUCUAGGAGACACGCUCGGAGUGGGGACAUUCGGAAAGGUUAAAGUAGGCCAGCAUGAGCUGACCAAGCACCAAGUUGCGGUGAAGAUCCUGAACAGACAGAAGAUUCGCAGUUUGGAUGUGGUGGGAAAGAUCCGGCGGGAGAUCCAGAACCUCAAGCUUUUCAGGCAUCCUCACAUAAUUAAACUGUAUCAGGUUAUUAGCACCCCUACAGAUAUCUUCAUGGUGAUGGAGUAUGUCUCAGGAGGAGAGCUCUUUGACUACAUCUGCAAAAAUGGAAAGUUGGAUGAGAAGGAGAGUCGGCGGCUGUUCCAGCAGAUUAUUUCUGCAGUAGACUACUGCCACAGACACAUGGUGGUGCACCGAGACCUCAAGCCUGAAAAUGUGCUGCUUGAUGCACACAUGAACGCCAAAAUCGCAGACUUUGGUUUAUCAAACAUGAUGUCAGAUGGAGAGUUUCUGCGGACAAGCUGUGGUUCUCCUAACUAUGCUGCUCCUGAGGUCAUCUCAGGAAGGUUAUAUGCUGGCCCAGAGGUGGAUAUCUGGAGCAGUGGGGUCAUCCUUUAUGCCUUGUUGUGCGGGACACUUCCCUUUGAUGACGAUCAUGUGCCAACGCUCUUCAAGAAGAUCUGUGAUGGAAUCUUUUUCACACCACAGUAUCUGAAUCCAUCUGUAAUUAGCCUCCUUAAACACAUGCUGCAAGUGGACCCUAUGAAGAGAGCCACCAUCAAAGAGAUCCGAGAGGACGAUUGGUUUAAAGAGGACUUACCCAAGUACUUGUUCCCUGAAGACCCCUCCUACAGCAACAACAUGAUCGAUGACGAAGCCCUUAAGGAGGUUUGUGAGAAGUUUGAGUGCACAGAAGAGGAAGUCCUGGCCUGCAUUUACAGUCGCAACCAUCAGGACCCACUAGCGGUCGCCUACCACCUCAUCAUCGACAAUCGUCGCAUCAUGAGUGAAGCCAAGGAUUUCUACCUGGCGUCCAGCCCCCCCGACUCUUUCCUCGAUGACCAGCACCUGACCACGUCUGGUGCUGCUGUGACUGGCGUCGUUAAGCCCCACCCAGAACGUGUCCCCUUCCUUGUGGCGGAGACUCUGCCAAGGCCUCGUCACACUCUGGAUGAAUUGAACCCCCAGAAGUCCAAGCACCAGGGUGUCAGGAGGGCCAAGUGGCACCUUGGUAUCCGCAGUCAGAGUAGACCAAAUGACAUCAUGUCAGAAGUGUGCCGUGCCAUGAAACAGCUGGACUAUGAAUGGAAGGUUGUGAAUCCAUAUUAUCUACGUGUGAGAAGGAAGAAUCCGAUUACUGGCAUGCAAACCAAAAUGAGCCUUCAACUCUACCAGGUGGACAGUAGAACCUACCUCCUAGACUUCCGUAGCAUAGAUGAUGAUAUGUUGGAGACAAAAUCUGGAACUGCUACCCCUCUCCGCUCCGGGUCUGUGGGCAACUACCGCACCACUAUAAAGAACGAUGUAGAUGGUGCAGACGCUCCUGCUACGUCAAGCACUGUGCACCCCACCAAGGCUGCAGAGGGCUCCUUAGCUUCAUCGCUGACCUCAUCCAUCGACUCUACGGGAGGGGGAGAUAACGCGUCUGUCCCUCGACCGGGAAGCCACACCAUCGAGUUCUUUGAGAUGUGUGCAAAUCUUAUUAAACUACUUGCACGAUAGCUUGCAAAACAAUCGCUAGCCUUUUUUUCCUCUCCGAGUGUCUUUAUAGCAAUAAGCAUGCAACCGAUUCAUGGCUCAGUUCAUCCCGGCUGAGGAUGAAGUGAUUGUUCCAUGGCACUGAUGCAGGUUAGAGUUCCCUAAGCGGAAGAUAUGUUACUGAGCUGGCAGGGAAUGUAAGGGUUCACUGGGAAAGAUGAGUGACCAAGCUACUUAGAAGCAAGGACAGAACAACGUUUAAAAAGGGGGUUUUAGAAUUUCUGAUCAGUUUUAAAGAAGAGUCCACAUCCCAACUAUACAUAAUAUAACCACAAGUGAUUACACUGAAUUUCCUGUACUGUAGCCAAUGAGCUCUGCUUUCCAGAACAAGAUCAAGUUUCUGCCUGCAGAGAGGGCAGCCACAUGCCGAGGGUUAGUUGAGGGAUGGCAGUCGCAUAGGAUGCAGGAAGCACUUUUGCACAGGUAUCUUUAAUUUCCUGCUGCCCUUGUAUUUCUCUCAGUGGGGAUCAGAGAAGUGGUGCAGAUGUAUCAGAGCACUGCACCCUCUAGGGUUUUCAUACCCAUAACAUUCAUUUGACUCUGAAAGAAGUGCAAUGACCCUUGUUGUUUCUGUCUUGUGUCAGGGACAAAAGAAUGCUUCAUCAGAUUUUUGUUUUCAUUUUGUUGUGAAUCUGAGUCGUCAGACUAAAUUUUCAUGUCCUUGUAAAAAUUUGUUUGUCCCCUACAUUUUUAUAUAUAAAGACGUGAAUAUAUUUAUCAGUGCGUUAAGUGGACGCAGUGUUGGUUCUCUUGGAAAUGGAAUUGUUUGUUUUCUUUGUUGCAUUACGAUCUAUUGCUGGAUGGUAUAUAUAUUUUCCAUUUUUACUGUCUGGUUUUUAAAUCAAUAUCACUGUUAUUUUUUUCUCCUUCAAUCACAACUACUCUGAUACUUGAUUGUCUUUCCAGAUAAAUAUAACCUGCUUUUACCAUUUAAGAGGUAUUUUUGCCACGACAGUCAAAAUCUAGAUAUAUCAUUUUCAGUGUCACAUAUUAAAACGAUGAGUUGAUUUUGA